GGGUGGAACCAAAAAUUAGUUUGUAAAAUAAAAAAUCGAACCGGUAUAACCCAUAGGAUCAAAAAGAAAGAAAUCUGGCCUGAAACUCGGAAAGUGAUUCGAAGCAAAGCGAUGGCGUCAAGGAAAGGAGGGAGCGGCGGCGGCGGCGAAGGGGUGAGAUCGUUAGAGUUGGAGUUGGAGAAGAUGAGUGUGGAGCAACUCAGAGCCUUCAAGGAACAGACUGACAUGGAAGUCAAUCUCCUUCACGACAGCCUUAACAACAUUCGCACAGCCACUUCUCGCCUCGACAUUGCCUCCGCUGCACUCCACGAUCUCUCGCUCCGUCCUCAAGGCAAGAGGAUGUUGGUGCCUCUUACUGCGUCGCUUUAUGUUCCUGGGACGCUUGAUGAGGCCGAUAAGGUCUUGGUGGAUGUAGGCACUGGAUACUUCAUUGAGAAAACAAUGGCUGAUGGAAAAGAUUACUGUGAGCGAAAGAUCAAAUUGCUGAGGUCGAAUUUUGACCAACUAAUCGAGAUUGCUACUAAAAAGAAGAAAAUAGCAGAUGAAGCUGGCUUGAUCUUACAAGCAAAAUUGAGGCAGAUGGCUGCCACAACAUAGGAAGAUGUGUGACCAUGAAGGCAUUGAUCGGUUGGUUAAACACAACCCUUGAAGAAUUCCAGAACAGCCAAAUUUUAUAGAGUAGAGAUAUAUGGAUGAAAUUAGAGGGGUCGGGUUCAAGUUGGUAUUUGAGGUGUUGGUUAAUCUGUAAACUUCUUCAAGUACUCACUAGAUGGUUAGGAUAUUACCAUUUCUCUUGUGUGUAGUGACUGGUGAGGAGAGGAAGAUCUAUAUGGUCACUAGAACCUAUUGAGGAAAGUUUUAACGAGUCUUCUUUAUUCAGUCAAUAAUAUGAUUGUUGUGCAUUUUUAGUUA